CUCAGCUUACGGACUCUUGUGUGAUCUCAUGGAGGCAGCACUCUUUCAACGGCUAUGCUUACACACAAGACUUGCCUCUCAGGCUCGACAUAUGUUCUCUAGGCUAUCGUGUGGGACAUCUUCCGGGUUCCCGCGCCACGUUCGUCGUCAGUCUUGGUUACAAUCACGAUGGUAUUCUUCCCGGAGUCCUGCUGCUUAAGCAGGCCAUCGUGACCCGCUUCCUUUGUUAUCCUAAUGCUCGGACCGGAGAUAAGGCUGCAAUCGAGUCAAAGGUGACUCGCAUAAAUAAGUCAACGAUGACUCGAAGUUCGUGCUAUCGGUAUCAAGCCUAACCCUCCCGACUGCCUCUGCCGACACGAUCGAGCUCGAAUAUGGUCCUUCUGUCGCAUCCCUCCAUCCGCGAUGGCUGGUUUCGCGAGACAUCAUCACAAUGGCCAGGACAGGCAAUGUCCCUCAAGGUCAAUAGGAUUCUACACGUCGAGAAGUCCACAUAUCAGGACGUUCUAGUCUUUGAAUCUGCGACGUACGGCAACGUUCUUGUCCUCGACGGUGUCAUUCAGUGCACGGAGAGGGACGAAUUCUCGUACCAGGAAAUGAUCACGCACUUGCCUCUGGCGAGCCACCCAUGCCCCAAGCAGGUGCUGGUAGUAGGCGGCGGCGACGGUGGUGUCGUGCGUGAAGUGCUCAAGUACGACUGCGUAGAGCAAGUCGUCCUCUGCGACAUCGACGAAGCCGUCAUCCGCGUGUCCAAGCAGUAUCUCCCCCACAUGUCCUCGCUCCUAGCGUCGCCCAAGGUCACCGUCCACAUCGGCGACGGCUUCAGCUUCCUCGCAGACAACCGCGCCACCUACGACGUCAUCAUCACCGACUCCUCUGAUCCCGUUGGUCCAGCGGAAUCGCUCUUCCAGAAGCCGUACUUUGAGCUGCUGCACGCCGCGCUGGCGCCUGGAGGGACCACCGCCUCGCAGAGCGAAUGCCUGUGGCUGCACCUGCCAUUGAUCAAGGACGUGGUGUCUAUGGCGAGAGACAUCUUUCCGGUGGUGGAGUACGCGUAUACGACAAUCCCUACGUAUCCUUCCGGGCAGAUCGGUUUCCUCGUCUGUUCGAAGGAUGCCGAUGGGGAUUUACGCAGCCCAGCGCGCGCAGUGCCUGGUACUGCGUACUACAAUGCGGACGUCCAUAGGGCGGCAUUCGUACUCCCAGAGUUUGCUCGGUCUGUCCUAGGUGGCGGGCCAGACGUACUUCCGAAGUUCGGACGUGAGGCCAAGGCGGCCUUGAUAGCGGGUCAGUCGAAGAGGACGGUGUUGCUUCUAGGCAGCGGCUUCGUCGCAUUGCCUUGCGCGGAGUACAUCACUCGUGACCCGCGAAAUGCGUUAACAAUCGCAUGUCGUACCCUUUCCAAAGCUCAAAAGCUCGCUGCUGGACUCCCGGCAGGCUCUACGACCGCCGUCGCCCUUGACGUCUCCAACACCGCUGCCCUCGAAUCAGCUGUCGCCGCGCACGAUCUCGUCAUCUCCCUCAUCCCCUACACCUACCACACCGCCGUCAUCCGCGCUGCUACUAAGUCCCACACCAACGUCCUCACCACCUCCUUCGUCUCCCCCGCCAUCCGCGCCCUCGAGCCUCAUAUCCUCGCCGCCGGUAUCACCGUCAUGAACGAAAUCGGCGUCGACCCGGGCGUAGACCACCUCUACGCGGUGAAGUUCAUCAACGAGGCACAUGCGAAGGGCGGCAAGAUUCGCGAGUUCUACUCCUUCUGUGGCGGGCUGCCUGCCCCGGAGGCCGCUAACAACCCUCUCGGGUUCAAGUUCUCGUGGUCCGCCCGCGGCGUGCUGCUCGCCCUCCUGAACAGCGCUCGAUUCUUGGAGGACGGGAAGCUGGUCGAGAUCUCGGGUCCGGACGUGGUGGGGAGCGCGCGGCCGUACUUCAUCACGCCUGCGCUGGCUUGCGUGGCGUACCCCAAUAGAGACGCAACGCAGCUGCAGGACGCGUAUGGGAUACCGGCGGCGCGGACGGUGAAGCGAGGCUCCUUGAGAUUCCAGGGAUUUUGCGAGUUGGCGCGCUCGCUGAUGAGGAUUGGAUGGCUGCGGACGGAGGAGCAGGAUUGGUUGGUGGAUGGCUUGACAUGGGCGCAGAUAAGUGCUCGAAGCGCAGGGGCGAAGGAUGCUAACGAGGCGUCAUUGGUGGCCAAGAUCAAGGAGCUCUCCGCAUUUUCGAGUGAGACGGAAGCGACGCAAGUUCUCUCCGGCAUGCAAUGGAUUGGCUUGUUCUCCAACGAAACAGCGCCAGUGCGCUCGAGCAAUCUGCUAGACACGCUCUGCGCGCGACUGGAGGAGAUCAUGGCGUUCGAGCCAGGCGAGCGCGAUCUAGUCCUCCUCCAGCACAAAUUCGUGGUCGAGUGGUCGAAUGGGGAAGAAGAGACCUUCACCUCCACCCUCGAGCAAUAUGGCAGUCCGAUUGGGCACUCCGCGAUGGCCUUCCUCGUCGGAACACCCUGCGGGAUUGCCGCUCAGCUCAUGUUGGACGGCGUGAUCAACAAGCCAGGUAUCUUGGCGCCAUAUACGCCGGAUAUCUGCGACCCGAUUCGCGCGCUUGUUGAACAGGAGGGUAUUGGGAUGGUAGAGAGAAAGCUGUAGUAAGUUAUUAAACGAAGUACUGUAGAUAUGGGUGUCAAGCUACCUCGGAAUACAACACACGGAUAUCUGCAGUCAC